AUGGCAACGAGCAAGGGCGCUACUUCUGUUUUUCUUAUGCGAAUCUUGGUGAAGAAGUGGCAUAAAAUAUUCCUUUGGUUCUGGACAAUCAGCAUCUUGUUGCUCGGCGUCCUUGGGUGCAUUGCUGUGAUGGCACAAUGUACCCCCAUUGAAUCACUUUGGGAUUCCAAGGUACCACAAGAAAGUUGCUCUAUAGAUUUGGUGACUCUUUCAUACGCGAUAUGCAGUUGGUCCGCCGUCAUGGAUUUUGUUCUUGCCAUUUCCCCAUGGUUUGCCCUUUGGGGAUUGAACAUGAAGUUCAAAGAAAAAGUCAACAUCUGUCUAUCGCUGAGUCUGGGAAUUAUUGCCUGUAUUUGUGGAACAACGGGUCUUGAUGCUCAAGCUGUCUCAGACGACUAUCUUUAUGCCGUGACUGAAUCUUGUAUCUGGACCAACUCCGAAAUUACCCUCACGAUCAUCUGUGUCAGCAUACCUCCCCUACGCCCCUUAUACCGAUCCAUACGCGGCGACAAUUCCUCAAAUGACGCCUCGCAAUACAACCAUAUCAGCCCAUAUUCCGCUCAGAAACUCAGUGCAGAAAAGAGCCAGCGCCCUGACUAUGCGCUGGAGUCGUUGACGACCACCACUGUGCAUGGAAAGACGAAUGGCAACGACAGAUUCACAGGGCCAUCGUCAGGAAUUGAGGGCCUUGACACGCGUCAUAUCUUAAAAGAUCAGAUAUACGAAACAAAUGCCAUUCAUCAGACCACGGAGGUGGAUCUGUCUUAUGAAGAUAGAAAGGGAAACGACGUCGUGGCUGUACCUGUCAAAGCAAGACAGCAUAUUUGA